GUGCAUGUGCGCACGUGAGGAUACCUGAACAAUAGCUCACGUCCGCGUGAUCUCGCCAGUUUAGCUACGAUUGCGUGUUAGUGUUUGGCGUGUAGGAGAAGUAUAGCAGUGACAGUACAGCGUGGCGUUUAAUACAGCGUCGUUAGUGGUUUAUGUGAUUUGGUGAAUCGUUGUGAAUCGUUCGGAUCGGAUGUGCUCGGAUGUGUCUGUGCUUUGCAGGCAUGUCGCUGGCUGCGUGUUCUCUUGACGACUUUACCAGUCUGGAUUUCGACUAUGACAAGCUCAAUAUACCUAACCUGGAUAGCAGUCCGAAUGUGAUCGUCGUGUCGCAACCGGAGGUUCUCCAGGAGCUCUCUCACACCGACCUGCAUGGCCUCUUCUCCGACCUAGACGAGGAUUUCACGGGACUCGAGCGUCCCUUCAGUCCUCCGUCCCUCAGCAGCGACCUUCACACGCUGGACGCGAAGAGGUCUCCAUUCAGCGGUGACGUGGAGAGCGACCUUCCGUUUUGUGACGACCUCAGUUUCAAUGGCCUCAAUAGUGACACUAGUUUAGAUUAUAACAACAUAGACUGUCUAGAAAGUACAUUACAAGUGGAAAGUUCGUUAGACUUCGACUCGGAGGACUUGUUAAAAGACGAGAUCGGACGGCGACGGAAACGGAAGCGAACUGGUGACGGGAUUUCCGUGGACACUGUAUGUGUUGCUUUAAUCGGGAAAUUCAUGAGCCCAAGAUUCAGUCUGACAAUUUGUUAA